AGGAUUGGUCACAAAAGUCACAACGUCUCAACCCUCCCUUGGACGACCAUGUCGUUCCACACACCACCCUCGACUCCGACGCCGCACAGACUACAGCGUCGUGGUCGAGGGUCUCCUGCAACUCCUUCCUCCGCCCGCUUCAGCCACCUGCUGUCCUCAGUCCUCGGGUCUCCAUUCGUCACCACAACCGACCUUGUUGACCUCGUAGACGGAGAGAACACAACUGUACCUCACUCAGACACGGUCACACGUCCCCCUUCCCCAGAUCACGGCUUCGAAGUUAUUCAGCAUGAAGAUAGUGACGAAGAAUGGUCAUUCAGACGCUCGCCAUUCCGUUCCAUCCUUCCUCGCCUUUGGGAUGUUCUUUCGACUUCGCCCCCACGAAGGCCCUCGCCUUUCUCUUACUCUUCUAGCAGCAGCUCUAUUUGGACCUCGAAACCGAUCGACUACUCCCAAUUACCACCUCUCGAUGGUGAAGAAGGCGAGCUUAUCGACGACGAAGCUUGUUUUUUCUGUCCGCCAGUCAGAGCCGUAACUGGAAUCGACAUCCUCUCUUUACUCCCGCCCGAGCUUGCACUUCACACUCUUUCCCUCCUUGCGCCAACACGGCCUGACCCUCAUUCUCCUGCAUCCACUGUCCUUGCGGACAUUCCAGAUCAUGUCAUCCAGGCCAACUCGGCUCUUACAAGUCUACUCGCUUGUCGCAGUGUCUCACGCAAGUGGGCCCGUUUUGCGAACGACAACUCUGUGUGGCGGUCUCUUUAUACUGCCAGAUGGGGCACUCCUCCAACUCUUUCACCAUCAUUAUCUCCAUAUACACCUCCUCCAACCCCUUCGCGGCGGAAUAGCACAAUGCCCGAUAUUCGGAUGAAGAAAUUGCCCGCAUUACCACCUGGAGAGUCUGUCUUUCCCGCUCCUCUCGCACUGGACUUUUCCAGGUUAUAUCGGGCCCGAUUGGAGCUUGAUCGUCGGUGGGAAGGCUUACACGACGAGCAAUGGAGUCCGCGGCCAAUGGCGCUUGCGGGUCACACAGAUAGUGUCUACUGUCUCGAGUUCUCUCGCACACACAUCAUCACUGGCUCCCGCGACCGCAGUGUCAAAGUAUGGUCGCUUACUUCGGGUCGUCUUCUUGGUACUUUUAAGGGUCAACACAAGGGCAGUGUUCUCUGUCUCAAAUUCGAGCUUGAGGAGACACAUCCGGCUACUGGUGGGCUCCGAGGGUUCCUCGUAACUGGCAGCUCUGACUGCAAUGUAUGUGUUUGGGACCUAUGGACAGAACAUGGUGGCGAAGAUGCUCAAGUCUUCGGCGAGGUUAGGGCGGUGUUGCGUGGCCAUGGCGGAGGCGUCCUUGACUUGAGGAUCGACCAAAAGUGGAUCGUCAGUUGUGCGAAGGAUGCUGCUAUUCGGGUCUGGUCGAGGGAAAGCCUGGAUCUGCAUCGCACCCUUCGCGGACAUGAGGGUCCGGUCAACGCUGUGGGGUUGCAAAGCGGUGCUUACUCUGAAGAGAGCUCACAGCACGAUGGUCGUAUCGUCAGUGCAAGCGGGGAUGGCAAAAUGAUUCUAUGGGACAUUGCUAGCGGGGAACGAGUUCGCACAUUUGAGGGUCAUGAUCGUGGGUUAGCAUGCAUCGAGUUCAAGGGUGACCUGAUAAUCUCUGGUUCAAAUGACUGCAAGAUUAAGAUCUGGAGUGCUUCGAGUGGAGCAUGUCUACGUACUCUUGUUGGCCACGAAGGCUUGGUUCGAGCACUGUCUUGUGACCCUCAGAAUGGCCGUCUGGUCAGUGUCAGCUAUGACCGCAGCGUGCGAGUUUGGGAUCUUGGGACUGGCCGAGCUAUCAGAGUCGUGCGAGACAGUCAUACGAGCCAUAUUUUUGAUGUCAAGUUUGAUUCAAGACGGAUUGUGAGCACUUCUCACGACCGCAAAAUUGUCGUUCUCGACUUUUCGCUUGGUUUAGGCGUCAAUCCGGCGCUCUUCGUUUGA